AUGGGUCUGUGUUGACGUUGGGCUGAGUAGUAGUAAAUAAUUAAGUUUUGGGGUUUAGGUUAGAAGAAAUCCUCCCACCGAAGCACACAUGGAACCUUAGAUUUGUGUUAGGGCAAAAAUGGACGUAGAUAGCGAUAUUGACGCAAAGUUAUUGCAGCAGUUUAGUUCGAUGGGAACCACUGACAGGGAGGUUCUCAUUUCGGAGUUCCAAAAACUGCUAGGCAAUCAGUUGAAUCCCACAGGAUGUGCGUUUUUCCUGGAUAUGAACAACUGGAAUUUGCAGGCUGCUGUGUGCUCAUAUUAUGACUUUGAGCAGCCUAAUGUUAGAAUACCCCUCAUGACCUUUAUAAAAGAUGUGACGAUAGGAGAUGGAGAGUCUAUCCCCCCAAACACACGCUUUAUAAAAACAUGGCGGGUACAAAAUUCAGGUGCAGAGAGUUGGCCCCCGGGCUGCUGUUUAAAGUUCUGCAACGGAGAUCAGUUAGGGACUAGAGACCGUGUGAUGGUGGAGGCCUUACAGCCGGGCCAGUCCACAGAUAUUAGUGUGGAAAUGACGAGUCCCUGUGGUACUGGGGUCUAUCAGGGCCAGUGGAGGAUGAGCACAGCUAUUGGCAUGUUUUUUGGAGAAGUCAUAUGGGUGAUAAUUACUGUGGAGGAGAAUGGGCUUAUGGGGGUGACGCAGCAGCUCUCUAGGAUCGGAGGAGAACUCAGUUCCCAGUGUCGUACGGAACCCACCACCAAUCCAUUUGCGUCCCCAUCAGAUUUAAACCAGAGUGUGAGUGAAAUGAGAGUUGGCUGUGGUAACGAAUUGAUGGUGACACGUACGCCCUCCACUCCUAACCUGAGCUUCAAUAGGUCUGGGUUACAGGGUCCUCAGGUGAUAGAGUACGAUCCGUGUACAGAGAUGACAGAUCAGUCUGAAGAGAGCGAGAUGUCCUAGCAUACUCCCUGCGAUCACACCAGUGUGGAUGAGUGACUGUAUUAUAAGUAUGACAGGGGCAGGUAACUGCUCAUCUCUUCAUCUCCUAACCAUCAACAUUGAUUCAUACAC